AUGAAAUCUUCUAAUGCUAGAGGUGACGCCACGAAAGACCGGAGACGUGCGAAAUUCCGCAAGAUUGAACGCGCUAAUCAGCCUUCAUCUGGUAACCAAUUCCUUUCCUCUUCUACAUGCUCUACUCCUGUCUGUUUUUUGGGCAGCCUUAAGACUCUUACCCAAGCAACCGAGUUAACAGAAUUCCCUCCCAAUUCGUCCAGCCUCCCUGCGUGUACAGGGCGCGAAGUGAAUGGAUUGCAGCGACAUUCGCCCAAUCAGGAGAGAGAUGCCCAGAGGAAUGGGCUAGACGUAAGCUCCACAAUCGAGCUGGGGGAGCCCGGAAUUGGGUCUCUUUGCUCGGCUGCUUUUGAGCUAAACGAACUGGCAACCUCACUUUGCGUGCGCCACAACCAUGACCAAGGCUCCCAGGAGCUGCUGUACGACCUGAGACAAGAAGAUUGUGGGCAUGCAAACGAUGAUGAAGAAGAGGUUGAGUCGGAAGAAGAGGAUCGCGACAGAAACGGUACAGAAGAGGGAGGAAUUAGAGAGAACGGAGAAUACGUCGACGAGGGACAGGAGGAGAGAUGCGAAGUACAUGGGAAAGACGGAACCGAUGUGACUAACGAGGAGCGAAUCCACAAGAGUGAGGAUGAUGAAGAGUUGACGAGGCGAUUCACCCUCAAGCGUCUGCGAAUGUCUGCCUACAGACCCAGAAAGGAGGAACUCUUGGAAAACGGCCAACAGGAACUGGAGAAUCCACACAAAGCUUUCCAAUCUGGCCAGAUUUAUCAGCUCUCGGCUCCGGCAGCCGGCGACACUCGAGACGACUGUAGAAACAACAACUUCGAAACCAUCAAGCUCGGGUUCAUUUGCAACCAGCAGAUUCAUGGAGGGGAUUCGCCUGAAGGAUUUCCGCUCAACCAAAAUGCCCUGUAUGCUGGCGGGGAGGAGAGCGGAAAGCUGGACACUCAAGCCCCGUCGAUAAGCUCCCAAGAAGGGAGCUCCCGGCGCGCCUAUCUACAACAACAAACUCCACAAGCAGACGCCUAUCCUACUCGUCACUACUCAACACCGAUGAGCCAAAUACCAACAGGAUUUGGAUCCCUCCAUCAACACCAUCUCCACCACCUGCAUCUGCCUCGAGCCCACUCGCAAGUGCACAAUCACACAACCCACAUGCACUUGCAUCCGCAUGUUCCAUUGCAAUUGUCACAAACGCCGCUGCCACCAUCUCAACCAUUGCAGCCGCCAAUCCCAACACUGCCACUACACUCGACAACAGCCCUUUUUCCAACUACACCUUUGUCCCACCGUCCUUUCCACCAUCUGCAACAUCUGCAACUUCAUCCGAAUCCCAACCAACUGGAAAACUUCCCGCAAGCCGACGCUUCAACGGCCAGCUUCCCUAGCAUACCGUCACACGGCUUAGGCAUCCAGAAGACGGGAUAUAGGGACCCAUCAGACGUCUUCCCCAAGCCAGAAGAGGCUCUGUCCUGUCGGGACCCGGAGCUUGUAUUCGGUCUGGCUGGGGUUAUGGUCGGUCGGGAAAUGGGCACGUUUCCUGACAUAUCCUGA